CCGAGAGAAAUCAACGAAUCAAACGCCAUGAAUCAAAUCAAAACCACCACCGACGAAAACAAAAACUCCAAACCGGCCAAAACCGAAUCAAUCACCACCGUACCGGAAUGGAUAACCAAAACAAUCAACGGUGGAUCAUUCCGCCACGUAGAUCUCGAAACCGGAACCAACGGCUGGGCUUCACCACCAGGCAACGUCUUCACUCUCCGCUCACAUAACUACUUCACCACAAAACAAAAAUCUCCCGGCGGCGAUUACCUCCUCUCUCUCGCCGCCGUAGACUGGCUCAAAUCCACCACAAAUAAACUCGAUCACAUCCUCUCUCGUCCCGAUAACCGUGUAAUCCACGCUCUCAAAACCUCCAAAUCUCGUAGCUUCAUCUUCGCUGUAAAUUUCCAGGUCCCGAACUAUAACAUGGUCCUCUACUUCGCAACACAAAAACCAAUACCUUCCGAUUCACUCCUCCACAAAUUCAUCAAUAUAGACGACGAUUCAUUUCGCGACGAGAGAUUCAAAGUCGUUAGCAAUGUUGUGAAAGGUCCUUGGGUGGUUAAAGCAGCAGCUGGGAAAUUUGGUGCGUUUGUUGUUGGAAAGACUGUGAAAUGUAGUUAUUAUAGAGGAGUUGAUUAUUUUGAGAUUGAUGUUGAUGUUAGUAGCUCGGCGAUUUUGGCGGCGCUUACGAGGUUGAUGCUGGGAUAUGUUACGAGUUUGGUGAUUGAUGUUUGUUUUGUUGUGGAGGCGCAAACGGAGGAGGAGUUACCGGAGAGGUUGAUUGGUGGUGCUAGGAUUUGUUCUAUGGAGUUAUCGUCGGCGUUUUUGGUUGAUGAUGAUGAUGAUGAGAAGAAGAGUUUGCAGUGACGGCGGAGAAUGAUGGGGUUCAAAGUUUCUGAUUCAUCUCCAGUAACCUUUUUGAGUGUACUUAAUUUGGAUUAUUUGAUUUACAUAUGGAAGCUUUGUCUUCUCUUACGUUCAAGGGUUUUGUUCCAGAAGCUAUAUUUGAAGCCAAAGGGCAGAAGAAGCUUUUUGUUGUUUAUAUCUAUGGUAAUUCUUGUUAGGUUUGGAGACCUUUCAACUCAUUUAUAUAUGCGUUCUAAUCAUCCAAGAAUAUGACUUUUUAACAAAAAUUUCAACAUUGA